UGUCAAACGUGACAGUUAACAUCGCAAUCGGUCGCGUCGGGUUUCGCGGAAGUCAAUGUGCGUUGUAUUAUUUUGUGUUGCACGAAAUAUAUUUACAUGCUACAAUUUACGUCAUACGAAUCGGAAUCGAUCGCGUUAUAUCAUUUGUAACUCGUGAUAGUGAUAGUCGAAGAGCGAGAGUCGGUGAGAAACGUGGAGAAAGCCCUUCUAAAGCUGCGAGGUUAGGUACGCGUUAAAUGUAACAAGUGUUUUGUGUCUUUCCUUCCUCUGGAAAAGUGAUGAAUGAAGAUUAAUGCUCCGGAUCGAGCCAUCGUCCAUAAAACAUCCGUGAAAUAUCGUCGGCAGGGAUUCGAAAAUGGCAGAUUAUUGGAAGUCUCAAGGCCGCAAGUUCUGCGACUUCUGCAAAUGCUGGAUCGCCGAUAAUAAACCGAGUAUCGACUUCCACGAGGGUGGCAAGAAACAUAAGGAAAAUGUCAGCAAGCGACUCAAAGAAAUUCACAAGAAUAGUGCCAAACAGGCGAAGCAGAACAAAAAAUUCGAAGAUGAUCUUAAAAAGAUGGAAAAUGCGGCUAUGGCUGCAUACUUGAAGGAUGUCGAGAAUAACACGCGAGAUAUGACUGCUCAAAAUAUUAUUAAAGAGAAACUGAACAAGAUUGAAACGAGAGAAACACCUCAAAAUUUUAAUCGCAUGCCACCAGCCGCUCCGGAGACGGUACCGAGAUUCAAAAGUAAUACUGAACAGUUUUCGCCAAAAGUGGAUCCUUGCGAUCCGACUUUGUCAAAAAGCGCUCCAUCGCUUCCACGAGUUCAACAGCAAGGCGGCGAGAACAGGACUCCGGGGAGGAGUAAAGCGAACAAGACGAAGGGAAAGGGGAGGAAGGCCCAGGAGGACGAUCGUCCGACCGCACCUGUCAGAAAACUGUGGUACGAAGCUCUCAGUCCCGAAGGAUACACUUACUACUGGCAUAUCGAGACGAACGAAUCGGUUUGGGAGCCACCGGAAGAGGGUUACAUGACUCUUGCGGAACAAGAAGAGGAGGCGAAAGAGGAGGCGCUCCAGAAGGAGCUUAUAGAACAAUUGGACAAGGAGGAAGCAAUCAAGAAAGCGGAUAUUCUCGAGGAACGACGAGCCAAUCUUGAGAGGGAGAAAAUGAGAGAACGUGGAACACUUGUUAGAAGCGACAACGAUAUCAAAGAUGACGAUGAAAGCGUAGAAAUAAAGAAGGAGAUGGCCAAAGAGGAACGACCUUACUUGCGAGACUACAGUGUGCCUGAGAGGCCGCAACCUUAUGGAUCCUGGCAAGUUGUAGAGACAAUCCAAAAGAAACCAGUGGAUCUCCAAUUGCCACAGAAGCAGAAGCAGAUACAACUGUCUGUGUUUGAGAAGAUAGAACCACCGCCUCCGCAAAGGAUUUUUAAGGAAAAAACGAUCACACAGAUCAAGAUCGAUAAUAGUGAUGACGAGAGUACACCGACCACUUUUAAAAGGAGAAAAAUUGGUAACAAGAACGUGCGUAAAAGAACGACUGAUGAUUAAUGUCAGAAGUCUUUCUGAAUAUGAUAUUUUUGUAUAUAUUUUCAUUUAAUUAUUAAAAUGUUUGUUGAAUAUGGAUAUGAAUUCGCAUGGAUAAAUAUCCAGCCAUAUUUGUGGACUAAAAGUUUGCAUAUAAGAAUAAUAAGUUCUUCAUUUACACAUGCUUAACUAUACACAGGUAUGUAGAAAAAU